AUGGCAUCUCCAAGUAGUGAUACCUAUGAUCCACUAUUGCCUAUUCUUUGGAUGACAAUGAGACAACAUGAUGAUAACAAUGAUGUACGAAUGAAUGUUAUUUCUAAUAACAUGACGCAUAAAAGAAAAAGACACCGUUCAAGUUCUCUUCCAUUCAUAGAAUCUGUUUCGUCAGUUUCUCCAUUGACUUCAAUGAAUAUUGCUGUACACUUAGAUGGCAAAGAUGAUACUUCAUUAGAGUCAAAUAGCUUUUCUUCAGAUUCUCAUUGUUCUACGUUGCUCGCGCCUGCUAGUAAUAAUUCAUUGGCGGCAGCAGAUGAAGCCUGUCAGUCAAAUACUCAAGAAAAUACUACAAAGAAUCGACAAUUUUUAAUUGAAGUACCUGGAAAUAUAGAAAUAUCUCCUGCAGUACUAUUUCGUCAAUUGGCAGAAAAAUUCGCGAGUUUAGCUAAUGACAAAAAUGAGGAUACAUCUUCCAAUUAUCUUAUUCGACCAAAGCAAUCAAUAGCAUCAUUAUCCAAUAUAAUCUGUGUAAACGAUUCUAGAAAAAUGAAAUCUUGUUUUGUUGAUUCCGGGAGCAGAUCUUGUUUAUCUUCUGAUCAAAUUUCAAAAAUUGAAUCGAGUCCAUUAAACGAUGUUAUUCACGAUGAUAUACCAAAUCAAUUGAAGAUUAAAGAAGAACCGGAGGAUAUUGAUUAUAUUGUUUUGCAUAAUAGAGCGAAAUGUGAAUAA